AUGGUCAGUGAAGAGCUGGAAUCGGCUCAGGAGCCGAGGGACCCUUUCCGGAUAGAUCAAUUGUGUGUGGACUAUGAUUAUUUGCUUUACAAGAUUCAGGAUUAUGUGUCAUCAAUACAGCUGAAAACGAUUGAAAUAUGCGAGCAACAAAACCGUAUCAUAGAGGAGGGUAUUCUGAAGGAGAUAAUAGACGUCAAUGUGUGCGGAUUGCAGGAAGUUUUGCUAAAAUGCGAAGAGCUGGAAGCGCAUUUUGAUAUGCUCGAUCAGAUAGACGUAAUUGCGCAGUCGUUUGGACCUAGAUUGCAACAAAUAGUCAAAGAACACAAAGAACUUCAGCAGCGCUAG